GUGCAAACGGAAUUCAGAAUUCUGUAGGGAAUGAGUAUAUAGAUGUGACUUCGAGUGAAAAGGACUUUGAUAUGAACAUGGACGCACAGGAACAAAGCGAAGGUGAACCGGAUGAUGCUAGUAGGUUACAGAAUGAGGCAACUGUUAAUGACGAUGGAAGGACAGUAGGGAAUUUGCAACCUUCUGGGAGGAGAACUGCCAUGGCUGGAAAAUGGGGUUCCACCUUCUGGAAGGACUGCCAACCUAUGCACUCGCAGAAUGCAUUGGAUUCUGGGCAGGAUUCUGAUUAUAGAAAUGUAGAUGGAUCUUAUGAUAAUUCAUCAGAUGGCAGGGAACAAAGAUUAGAUUCUGAAGAUGAUGAUGGCCCAAAAUAUGCAGGCAAGGGUCAACAGGGCCCUUCUGAUGUCGCCACAGAUGAGAUGUUGUCUGAUGAAUAUUACGAGCAGGACGGAAAAGAGCAGAGUGACUCAGUGAAUUAUAGAGGAUUUCAUAAUUCUACUGUGUCAAAUUCAAGGCCACAAUUAAAGCCUGCUGCAUUCAAUAAGAACAUUGUUAGAGCUUCUAGAAUUAUGAAUGAUAAUAACAAUUUUGAUGAUGGUGAUGAUGAUGACAACAACAAUGAUGAUGCCGAUUAUGAAGAAGAGUAUGAAGAUGCAGGAGAUGAUCCUGAUGAUGUAGAUUUUGAACCUGAUGAUGUUGCUACAAGUGGUCGCACUUUGAAGAAGGAUAAAGAUUGGGUAGGUGAAGACUCUGAAGAAGAAGACGACAGUGAGAAUGAGCUGGAUAUUUCUGAUGAGGAUGAUUCUUAUUAUGCAAAGAAACUAAAGAGUAAGAAACACGGUAAAGGUGGGCGUAGUGUUAAAUCUACAAGAGAGCACAAAUCUUUUCAGGGAUAUGGUCGGCAAAGAAGAGGGAAGUCAUCAUUUGGAGAUGAUGAAUCUUCAGCAGAGGAUUCUGAUAGUGACAGUGAUGAGGGUUUCAAAAGCACGAGGAAGAAAGGUGUAAAUCUUCGCAAAAAUAGUGGCCGAUCUACUUUAUCUACCACUUUAACCGGAAGAAACAGUGAAGUACGCACCUCCAGUAGGUCUGUUCGGAAGGUGUCGUAUGUUGAAAGUGAUGAAAGCGAGGACGUUGAUGAAAGCAUGAAGAAAAAGUCCCAAAAGGAGGAGCUUGAAGAGGAAGAUGGUGAUAGUAUCGAGAAGGUGCUGUGGCAUCAACCAAAGGGAACGGCUGAAGAAGCUCUUAGAAAUAAUAGAUCAACUGAGCCUAUUCUAUUGAGCCACUUGUUUGAUUCUGAGCCGGAUUUGAAUGAGAUGGAAUUUUUGAUAAAAUGGAAAGGCCAGUCCCAUUUGCAUUGUCAGUGGAAGUCGUUUUCUGAGUUGCAGAAUCUAAGUGGUUUUAAGAAGGUUUUGAAUUACACUAAGAAGGUAAUGGAGGAUGUCAAAUAUAGGAAGGCAGUCACACGCGAAGAGAUUGAGGUUAAUGAUGUGAGCAAGGAAAUGGACUUGGACCUCAUCAAGCAAAAUAGUCAGGUGGAAAGGGUAAUUGCAGACCGCAUUAGUAAGGAUAGCACAGGGGAUGUCAUACCAGAGUAUCUGGUUAAGUGGCAAGGAUUAUCUUACGCUGAAGCAACAUGGGAGAAGGAUGUAGAUAUCGCAUUUGCCCAAGAUGCCAUUGAUGAGUAUAAGGCUCGCGAGUCUGAAAUAGCCAUACAGGGACAAAAGGUGGAUUUCCAGCGCAAAAAGAGCAAAGCAAGUUUACGGAAGCUUGACGAACAGCCUGAUUGGCUGAGGGGUGGAAAGCUGCGUGAUUAUCAGCUUGAGGGUUUGAAUUUUCUUGUUAAUAGCUGGAGAAAUGAUACUAAUGUUAUUUUAGCUGAUGAAAUGGGUCUUGGUAAGACCGUUCAGUCAGUAUCCAUGCUUGGUUUCUUACAGAAUGCUCAACAGAUCCAUGGACCGUUUCUUGUUGUCGUACCUUUAUCUACCUUGUCGAAUUGGGCAAAAGAAUUUAGGAAGUGGCUCCCUGACAUGAAUGUUAUUGUAUAUGUUGGUACCCGUGCAAGCCGGGAGGUUUGUCAGCAGUAUGAAUUUUAUAACAAAAAGGUUGGCAGGCCUAUAAAGUUCAAUGCAUUAUUGACUACAUAUGAAGUUGUUCUAAAGGAUAAAGCUGUUCUUUCAAAGAUAAAGUGGAGCUAUUUGAUGGUUGAUGAAGCUCACAGGUUAAAGAAUAGUGAAGCACAGUUAUACACAACUCUUUCUGAAUUUAGCACCAAGAACAAAUUGCUUAUAACGGGCACUCCAUUACAGAACAGCGUGGAAGAGUUAUGGGCCCUGCUUCACUUCCUUGAUCCAGAUAAGUUCAAAAAUAAAGAUGAUUUUGUUCAAAAUUACAAGAAUCUCAGCUCAUUUAAUGAGAGUGAGCUGGCUAAUCUUCAUAUGGAAUUAAGGCCUCACAUUCUCCGUAGAGUUAUCAAGGAUGUAGAGAAGUCUUUGCCUCCAAAAAUUGAGCGAAUUCUUAGGGUUGAAAUGUCUCCUCUUCAGAAACAGUACUAUAAGUGGAUAUUGGAACGCAACUUCCAUGAUCUGAACAAAGGAGUUCGCGGGAAUCAGGUUUCACUUUUAAAUAUUGUGGUUGAGUUGAAGAAGUGCUGCAAUCAUCCCUUCCUCUUUGAAAGUGCAGAUCAUGGUUAUGGAGGAGACUCGAUAAUUUAUGAUAGCAGUAAACUUGAGAGAAUUAUUUUAAGCAGCGGAAAGUUAGUUAUCCUUGAUAAGCUGCUUGUUAGGUUGCAUGAGACAAAGCAUCGUGUUUUGAUCUUUUCCCAGAUGGUAAGAAUGUUGGAUAUACUAGCAGAGUAUAUGUCUUUUAGAGGGUUUCAGUUUCAAAGGCUUGAUGGCAGUACAAAGGCAGAGUUGCGUCAGCAGGCAAUGGAUCAUUUUAAUGCACCUGGUAGUGAUGAUUUCUGCUUCCUUCUUUCAACUCGGGCAGGUGGACUUGGUAUCAACCUUGCAACGGCUGAUACUGUUAUAAUUUUUGAUUCAGACUGGAAUCCUCAAAAUGACCUACAGGCAAUGAGUAGAGCUCAUAGAAUUGGUCAACAAGAAGUCGUUAACAUCUACAGAUUUGUCACAAGCAAAAGCGUUGAGGAAGAUAUCUUGGAGCGAGCUAAGAAGAAGAUGGUUCUUGACCACUUGGUUAUCCAGAAACUAAAUGCAGAAGGUAGAUUGGAGAGGAAAGAAGCAAAGAAAGGGAGUUACUUUGAUAAGAAUGAGCUGUCGGCUAUCUUAAGAUUUGGAGCAGAGGAACUUUUUAAAGAAGACAAGAACGAGGAAGAAAGUAAGAAAAGACUCUUGAGUAUGGACAUUGAUGAGAUUCUUGAAAGAGCAGAGAAGGUUGAAGAAAAGGAAGCUGGAGGAGAGCAAGGGCAUGAGUUGUUGAGUGCUUUUAAGGUUGCCAAUUUGGGCAGUGCUGAAGAUGAUGGAAGUUUUUGGAGUCGUUGGAUAAAGCCAGAUGCAGUAGCCCAAGCUGAAGAAGCUCUGGUUCCUCGUGCUGCAAGAAACACUAAGAGUUAUGCAGAAGUGGCUCCUCCUGAGCGAAGUAGCAAAAGGAAGAAGAAAGAAUCUGAGCCUCCGGAGAGAGCCCAGAAACGUCGCAAGGCAGACUAUUUGGUCCCCUCAGCACCAAUGAUAGAAGGGGCAUCCGUUCAAGUAAGAAGAUGGUCAGGUGGAAAUUUGCCCAAGAGGGAUGCAUUAAGAUUUUCUCGUGCGGUUAUGAAAUUUGGAAACGAGAGCCAAAUUAGCUUAACUGUUGAGGAGGUUGGAGGUGCAGUUGCAGCAGCUCAGCCAGAUGCUCAGAUUGAGCUUUUCAAUGCAUUGAUUGAUGGUUGUAAAGAAGCAGUUGAAAUAGGAAGCUUGGACCCAAAGGGACCCUUGUUGGAUUUUUUUGGAGUCCCUGUGAAGGCUAGUGAUCUCCUAACACGUGUUCAAGAACUUCAACUUCUAGCAAAGCGCAUUAGUCGCUAUGAAGAUCCAAUUGCACAAUUUCGUGCCCUGUCAUACCUGAAACCUUCAAAUUGGUCGAAAGGUUGUGGUUGGAAUCAGGUUGAUGAUGCAAGAUUGCUUCUGGGAAUACAUUAUCAUGGCUUUGGCAAUUGGGAAAAGAUAAGGCUAGAUGAAACACUUGGCCUUACGAAAAAGAUUGCUCCAGUGGAGUUGCAACAUCAUGAAACCUUUUUACCUCGUGCUCCUAAUUUGAGAGACCGUGCUAAUGCUCUCCUUGAAAUGGAAAUUGCUGCUCUUGGUAGGAAGAAUUCAAGCACUAAAGCGGGUAAGAAGGUUUCUAAGAAGGACAGGGAGAAUAUCCUCAAUGUGCCUGCAUCUCAGGGUCGGGGGAAGAAGGGUAAAGCAGGUUCAGCUAUGGUUGCUGGUCAAACAAACAAGGACAGACUUGCAAAACCCCAGAAAGUUGAACCUUUAGUUAAAGAGGAGGGUGAAAUGUCAGAUAAUGAAGAAGUAUAUGAGAAGUUCAAGGAGGAGAAAUGGAUGGAAUGGUGUGAGGAUGUCAUGGUUGAUCAAACGAAAACCCUGGGACGUCUUCAACGGUUGCAGACUAUUAGUGCUGAUCUUCCAAAGGAAAAGGUGCUUUCAAAAAUACGAAAUUAUUUACAACUUCUUGGACGAAAAAUAGAUCAAAUUGUUAUUGAGCACGAGGAGGAGCCAUACAGACAAGAUAGGAUGACCAUGCGAUUGUGGAACUACGUAUCUACCUAUUCAAAUUUGUCCGGUGAGAGACUACAUCAAAUUUAUUCCAAACUUAGACAGGAGAGGGAAGAGGAGGCAGGCCCUUCUCAUGCCAAUGGUUCUGCUUCUGGUUCCUUUGGCAGAGAUGGGGACGCAAUUCAUUUUACUCCUUUCUCCCGUCAAAGAGGUUUCAGAAAUGCGACAACAACAAACCCGGGGCCGGAUCCAUUUCAGAAGGGUCAUGAUACAGCCAAAUUCGAAGCGUGGAAACGAAGGAGAAGAGCGGAAGCUGAGAGUCAGUUCCAAGUUCUGGCCCCACCUCAAAGAGCUUUGAGUAAUGGCACCCGGAUAACCGACCCUAACUCGUUGGGGAUCCUUGGGGCAGCACCAUUUGAAAAUAGGCGUGCGGGUAAUGAGAGGCCUUUUAGGACGCGUCAGCCUGGAUUACCCCCAAGACAAGGUUUCCCAUCCAGUAUCAAGUAGGGAUGGAUUGAAAGCGGCUGACAAAAGAGUGAAGGCAACAGCGCUCACCUGUGGCAUUGACCGCUUCAGCCCUUAAAUAUUCUCUGGAGAUUUUUUCAACCAUGGGAAUAAAAUUUUUGCAGAUUCCUGUACGGUAUUCUGAGACUGAUCCAAGACCAAACGGGAUAUGCGUCCAUUAACCGAAAAGUCGUUGUCCAAGACCAAGGGGCUGAGGUAAAGAGCCAAAGUUCUUGCCAUAUGUGCAAGACGUUAGUCUUGCUGCCAUUUUUUUCCCUCUUCUUUUUGUACUUUUUGAAGAUGAGUUCAGUUGGUAAUUUGUUUACUUGUAUAGUGAAAGUUAGGUAUAAGGAUUACUCGUUACUCAUCUGAUGUAUACACAUACAUUGAGCAGAACAUCUUUUGUGUAUUAGGCCUUAACGGAAAUUGUACAUUACCAAUUUUGCAAUAAUUUUUGGCUAAUUUUCAUUCAUGGCAACUGUC